AUUCGUAUAAAAGCGCCGGAGGUGGCCCUCAAACGGUACAGUCAGUUGAGAACUUUUGUUGAAUUGCCAUCUCUCCGUCCUUGAAAAUGAAGACUUUCGUUUGUUUAGUUUUGGUCGCCACCUGCGCCCUUGCGAUCCCGCUCAACCAGGAGCAGUCCGAGUCUACGGACGCCCCAUCCAACGGACACUAUGGAGAUCGAAUCCAAUCGUCAACGAAGCAGACUGCUCAAGCCACCCAGAACCAUCCCGCCGCUUCUCAUCCCAAGCGUCACACUCCGGCUUCGCUGAGCGCCUCCACCGAUUCCAAGACCGACGGAACGUCCACCGGAUCCAGCAAUGACCAGCCGCAGACCCGCCCCACCCAGCUCAAGUCCUCGGACAACCUGAGCCAGACAACGUCGUCUUCCUCGACCUCGGCUCCUCCGUCCGCAAACUCCCAUGCCGUCAAGACCAAGCGUGACACCCAGAGCGCCCCAGCUGUUCCGGCCACCGUCGCCGCUAGCCAGGUCCCCAGUGCCACCCCCAAGAAGCCCGUCACCAAGGCUCCGAUUGCCGCCCGAGUGACCAAGGCUCGCCGUGAUCUUCCCACCUCGUCCAACGGAGCCACCAUCAAGAAGCAGACGCUGCCAAUCAAGAGCUCUUCGGCGACCCCAGCCCAGGUUGCUGCCAUCAACAACGCUGGUCAACCGGCCAAGGCGGUCGUCCCGGCUGUGGCUGCUAGCACCAAGAACUAAGCUCAUCUCUUAAAUUGUUGAUGUGUAGUGCUGAAAAAGCACUCGAGUGAUGGUUUUAACUAUGUUAUCAAGUAUUUAAUAAAAGUUUGUUGAAUUUUUGCAUAUCAAAA